AUGGGUGGCGUGAUUAGUUCCGAUACACCCAUUGCUAAAAAUGUGCCGCUACAGAGGUUCACUGGAACCGAUCCCAUUACUGACAUCGAUCCUUUUUGGAACAAUUUACUGUCUUUCAAUCUCAAGAUCGACGACUAUGACACAGUUCAAGCACGUGCAUUCGACGAAUCAUUAAAUGAUUUUCUGCAGUCGUUGAUGUAUAAUACGCAAACAAGUGGGAACUUCGCUUCAUUUAUAAGAGUAUUUCUACGACGGUCAACUGAACUGAAGACUUCGGAACAGUAUGAAAAUGAUUAUGUUCUUCAUGACGGCGUUUCCAGAGUUCAAGCACGUGCAUUCGACGAAUCAUUAAAUGAUUUUCUGCAGUCGUUGAUGUACAAUACGCAAACAAGUGGGAACUUCGCUUCAUUUAUAAGAGUAUUUCUACGACGGUCAACUGAACUGAAGACUUCGGAACAGUAUGAAAAUAAAAUAUUCUUGUGGCAGACGUCGAAUGCUUUGAUUAUUUUGCGGUACAUUUGUAAGUUCCUCACACAACGAAUGACUGAAGCGGAGUUCGUCAAAGUUUUUGCCACUUCGGCAUCUGCGACAUCAUCAUCGGCCGGUUCUUCUGAUGGAGAGCUUGAAGCGGAAAACGAGGCGGAUUCCGAUUCUCAAUAUUCUAAUACGGCGGAGAAACUGAUUGACAUUUUGAUAGAUAUUCUGGCGGAUUUACCUGUUAGUGAGAAUACAAUGGCAAUACAUGUCGAAGCCGUCAAGUGUCUUAUAACAAUGCUCAGUUCGCAACUAUAUAACGAUGCAGUUGCGAACACGUCUGUGAUCUUUUCGUACUUCAUUAGUGGUGCAUGUAGCAAACAGGCUGCUGUUCUGACGAAAACUCUACUUCGAAACUAUUUGAUUCACAAUAGCGAGUACCAUCCGCUCAAAAAAGCAGACGGAGGGAGUAUCGUGCUUGGAAUAGCUUCUUCAGUCUGGUCUAUCCUACAAGCUGCUACUGGAGCAGAGGACGAAACAAAUGAAGUGCCAGAAUACCCUGUAACCCUAGGAAACUUGAGUAUAUUACUGCUUUUGAAUCUUGCAUGUCAUCAUCCAUCAAAGGGGUGUAAUCCUUUCAAAGAAACGCUGUCAUUAUUCCAGAAUUCUCAAGAGGUUUCGAGUCUGGCCACAGAUAAGGUCACAUUCAAACUGGAUUACAACGCAUUGUAUGAGAGGCUUUGUGCUACCGCUUGUCAAGAACCACCAAUGCUGUUGCUCUACUUGCUGUUGCAUCGCAAUUCUGGUUUCAGAAACUUCAUCUUAUCAAGGAUAAAUUUGGAGAAUCUCGUGCUACCGGUGAUCAAAAUUCUUCAUGAGGGAGUUGCUUCGUUGACGUCCAAUUCGCAUCACAUGUACCUUGCUUUGAUAGUCAUGCUCAUCCUCAGUGAAGAUGACUUCUUCUGCAAGAUAAUUCACGAAACUACCAUACGGGAUGUGGAUUGGCUCGAAAUUGAUCGUCCUCUGCGAGAGAUUUCUCUGGGUGGAAUUUGUGUGAUGGUGUUCGUGCGAACAAUUCAUAAGAACGCUAUUCGUAUGCGAGAUCGCUAUUUGCAUACAAAUUGUUUGGCAGCACUUGCAAAUAUGUCGGCAUGCUUCAAAAACCUCGCUCCGGUCGUGUGUCAGAAGAUUAUCGCACUCUUGGAGUUGCUAACCAAACGUCAUGCGAAAAUGGUAGAGCAAAUGCGAUUAAGCUCUGAACAAGAAUCCAAGAACGAACAAUCACUCAGCUAUCAUGACGACGUUACUGCUCUAGAAGAAGGAAUUCGUACUUUGUUAGAGAUAAUCAAUAGCGCUCUUUGUGGGAACUUGCGCAACAAUCCUCAUCUCAUCUAUACACUGUUAUACCAUAGGAAUCUUUUUGAUUCAUAUCAGCAACAUCCCAUGUUCCAGGAUCUCCUCGCGAAUAUCACCCUUGUUAUCUCGCAUUUUUCUUCGAAGGUUGUGAAUGUAAGGGCUGGAGAUGGAAAUGCAAUGAUGGAAAUUAUUGAAAAAGAAGCCCUUGUUUUACCAACAGAUCGACUGGCCAAAUUUCCUGAUUUACGAUUCAGGUAG